AUGAGAGCGAUAAUUACAUUUCAAGGGCAACAAGUUGAGUACUCAUCUAAUGCCGUGAAUGGUGGAUCGCCUGCCUGCCUUAUCGUGGAUGGAUGCAAAAAGCUGAUCGAUAAGAAUUUAUUGAUUGCUGAUCGAUCUUUGAUAUGUGGGACAGUAUGGGGAAGGGCCGGCCAUUCUCUCUUUUGUGCUGUUAAUGCGCAUGUUAAUUUUCAGUCCAUCUACACUCUCAGGAACCAGCGCUCCAUGGCCAAGCUGGGUGUCAUUGUGUUUCUCAUGGCACUCAUCAUCGCCAUUUCCAUGCUCCAAACUCUGGUUAUGGCUUCCCAUGGACACGGCGGCCACCACUACAACAACAAGCUAAGAGUGCCCGUCGCAGUGUAG